AGGCCGUGCCCGCCCCGGCGGCGGCGGAGGAGGCGGCGCCGGCGGCCGCGGAGGACACGAAGAAGAAGCCAACGCCCGGCAUCCGGCUCCACGUCAAGAACCUGUCCGAGACCACUACCCGGGAGGAGUUGUCGGAGCUGUUCAAGUCCUAUGGCGAGGUGCUCAGAGCAGAGGUCAAGAAGGAUGACGAUGGUAAGUGCAAGGGCAUGGGGUUCGGGUCCGUGGGUCUUGUCUACCAUGGAGCUCGCGAAGCAGGCGCAAAGCGAGGUGAACGGCAAGACGCUGGGAGAAAAGGAGCUCCUGGUCGAGCUCGUCGAGCCGAAGGCCAAGGAGGGCAAGGGCAAGGACAAGGGCAAGGACAGAGGCAAGGACGGCAAGGGCAAGGACGGCAAGGGCAAGGGCAAGGACGGCAAGGACAAAGGCAAGGGCAAGGUCAAGGGCAAGGACGGCAAGGGCCCCCCGGGCGGCUUCGCGGCUGUCGACCCCUACGCCGCGUACUACCCGCAGGCGCAGGCGUACCAGGCCGCGCAGAUGGCCCAGAUGGCCCAGAUGCAGUACCUGCAG